CGGGGCGCCGGCGCGCAGGUGGAGCCCGAGCCGCGCGGGGAAGCAUCGCUCUCGGCGCCGCGGCAUGCUGGGCGGCGCAGCCGGCCAAGCGCUGCAAAGGUGAGCGCGCCCUCCGGACCGGCCCGCAGCGCCGCCCGCCCGUCCGCCCGCCGGCGGGGCAACAUGGCCAGCGCCGAGGUCGCCCUGCUCACGCUCGGUGUUUUAUUGGCGGUGUGCCAUGCCUUGGAGAAUACAACAUCAGCCUUGAGGGGUCCCCCAGUGGCAGCUGCAGUGAGAUCUCAUUUUAACAACUGUCCAGAUGUCCACAGUCAGUUUUGUUUCCACGGGACUUGUAGAUUCCUGGUGCAGGAAGAAGAACCGACUUGUGUGUGCCAUUCUGGGUUCAUAGGUGCCCGCUGUGAGCACGCCGAUCUCCUUGCAGUGGUGGCUGCCACCCAGAAGAAGCAAACCAUAACCGCCUUAGUGGUGGUUUCUGCCGUCGCCUCCCUUGUCGUUAUCAUGGUCUGCGUCCUGAUCCAUUGCUGCAGGAUACGGAAACACUGCGAGUGGUGCAGGACUGUUGUUUGCAGACACGAGAAACCCACUGGGCUCCUGAAGGGGGCUACGUCUUGCUGCCACUCAGAGACAGUUGUCUGACAAAAACCAGGUCUGCUGCAAUUCCACAGAUGGGAACAGUGCAGAACUCCAUGCAUGAGGUCUACAAUAUUCCAGAGAAAGACUUUAAUGUGGACAAAGACAAUUUCCAGGGAUUAAAACAGGAAGCCAAUUUAGUGUAACUUUUGAGUUCUUCUCUGAAUCUUCUACCAUUAUGCUGGGCUUCCAGAACUUUGCUAAAGAGGCAACAUGGUCUGUGUCGCUUCUGACUAAACUAAUGUGUCAUUUUUGACAACCAGCAAAUCUCCAAGACUUCUUUUUAGUCAAAACAGAGAACAGUGAAGAUCGGACAGCUUUAUAUUUACUUUAGGCACUGAAGGGCAGGCUUAUUCAAGGGAAGGAAUGUGUCCGGUUCGUCUUGGGAAAGUUUUAAUUGAGACCUGAUCCAACCCAACCUGAAGGACUGGCUCUGAUUUGUGUAUUUGUUUCGUCUUUGACUCCUCUCCAAUGGAAGGAUGCACCAUGUGAGACAUUUGGGAAUAGCAUCGUCCUCCCUGUGAGCAGUUGGCCUGUCUGCAUUCAUCUGCAAGUUGAACCUGCAGAUCCUUUGAGUAGAAAAGCAUCAAGAUCAGUAGCCUUCCCAAAUUUAAACAUUUCUGUGUUUGGAGUAUCCUGUUUGGGGGAGAAAAAUAAUAAACAGUAGGGGUAGACUGGCCAAACGUUUUUGAGCCAAGUGACAGCAGAAUUGCUUACCCUUCCUUCUCUCGUUUAUGAGUCAGAGCUGCACGGUUGAGUUAGAAAAUUUCUUUGCCCUCUCGGCCAGGUUCUGGGUAACUUGGUGAAAGAGUGGCAGCUUUGCUACAUUUUCCCAAAGAGAAAACAGAUCAUAGAAGCAUUAGUUAUUACAUGACAGGUAGAAAUGGGAUGUUGGAAGAGGUACAUCUGGGCUUGUUUUUAGUACUGACUUUAAAAGCCCUUGAGUUAGAUGGGAAGGUUACUUAAAAUCUGUUUUUAGAAGGGGUGUUUUUAAAUACUGCACUGUUUCUAGGUUUCCAUGCUUGCAGGGGAUUUCUAACUAUUGCAGUGUCUUGGUGAUAGAAAGUUCCUCCAAGUCACUUGUGUGUCUGGAAACAUUCCAGACUGGGACUAGGACUGGGAAAAACACUCCACAGUUGUGUGGGUGUUGCACCUUUUGACCCCUGGGCGCUGCAUGAGGGCAUGGUUCCAAGGAUAGGAUAGAUCUGUGAAAGUAUGUGCAUGUCUGAGGUAUGAUGGCAUUCCAUGAGUCCAGGAGAACCUUGGAAGCUGAGUUCUUCUCAUGAAGGUUAAGAAGCUGAUGUCCUGAUUUUAUAGAAAGCUCUGUUCUGAAACCAGGCCCUUGGCAGUUGCAUUGAGUUAAAAGCAUUGACCCUGUGGGGACUAAUGCCCCCAGUUUCUAAGACAGAAGUAAGUGAGGGAGAUGGUAAGAGAUCUGAGAAAUAUCUUCAAAAGCCAUUCUGCUCUUCUGAAUUGGCCAAGCAGUUAAUUACAUGGAAGCCAAAACUUCCACUGUGAAGCACUACUUUCACCUUCUUUCCUGUGGUGAUGGAAAGGAGACAUAUUUGCCAACACUCCUGAUUUUUCAGCUCACAUAGAAAGUCUGUUUUCCCAGAAGGAUGGGCUCAGCAUGUUGACUGAAGCUUAAUGCCAUAAACAUUGCUACUAGAGCACUCUUGACAUACGACGAAGAAAUAAAAAUAUGGACAAACUGAUUUUGUUUCUCAAGUUGGCAGUCCGGCUUAUGAAUGCUUCUAUUACUUUUAGUAGCCUGAUUCCUUUUCUACCGUAAUACAAUGGCAUUCCCUCUUUGACUUUCCUCAGAAGGGGAAAUAAUUGAGUUUUUAAAUCACCCCCUUCUUUCCUAUCCUGGCUUCUCACCAACCAAUUUAUAAAUUGGGUAUUUCUCAAAUGUAAAAAAGAAAGAAAAGUAAUUCCAAAAAGCAUGGCCUUUUGCACUGCCCCUCAAGGUAUAAUCAAGGUCACUUAAGUGAGAGCCAGAGAUCUAAAAAAACAUUUGACUGGUUGAGAAUUGCCCAUAAGGGUACCUUGAUUCCUGCCAGGUCUAGUUCAGGAGCUCUUGUUACUCUAGUUUCAGAGGGCAUCAGUAUAGACGGGUUGUAUUUGUUCUGAAUUAUGUCUUUGAUACUUUGAAUGGUAAACCAGUUUGUCCAGGAUAUGACCCUGUUCCCUUUCAAGGGAGGGAAAGAAUCAGGAAAGAGCUCAGUAGAUUUUGUACGACAGUUGGAUGCGUGUUCUACUGAAGGCAAACUUCUGCUCUUCUCUGGAAUUAUAUUUUGUGAUGCUGUUUAGAAAUGAGGCGCAUCCUUUGAACUAUCAAGUGUUUAAUGCGAUCUGCACUUCCGUAAUUGACCAGCGAUAGGGCCAACACCCUAGGAAGUAUCAAGGGUUUUGGGGGAAAAAGGUUUGAAAUUCUCAAAUGAAACACUUCGGCUAAGACAAAACAUGAACUCUCAUGAGUUGGGCCCUUUUUCAUCUUAGGUGCAUCUCUGAUUAUGUUGAAUUAUCACCUGCUAAAUGCCUCUUCCCAAUUAUGUGUGUUGACAUCAAGUUAACACUUUGUCCUUUUUCAUAAUUAAGUUUACUGUCCAUAACCAACCUGAAGCUUUAUUUUUAGCCAAGGUUACACUUUUUUUUCUUCUGUAUAUGUUGCACUGAAGGUUACUAUUUAAUGUUUUAAUUUAUUGUGUGGUUAAAUUAAUUUGAUUCAUGUAAGAUGUUUAUGUGAUUGGCUGUUAUUUCUUCCUUAAUACGCUGAAUUAAUAGAUAUUUAAAUGAGUGAAAUACACUUUUCAUAAUACUUUGUUGUAUGGGUUUUUUUUAAAACACGGGGAAGCUAUAAAUUAAAUACAGAAC